UGGCCCUCGCCACCCCCUUGGCGGGGCCCCUCUUGUGGCAGCAGCGAAUACUCAGUCAGAUCGCGGACAGCAGCGGGGAGAUGCUGCCGUCCAGCGCGGAAAAACAAGAGACUUUACAAGAUAUUUGGAUUGUUUUUUUUACAUUCAUCAAAACAUGGAUAAUAACGACACGUAUCUACAUCUUAGUUCUUCUUUGCAGGUGACCCAUAGCCACCUGAGCUCUCCUCCAUCCCAGCCUCCUCUCAGCUCCAUGGUGACCCAUCACCACUCUUCUAUAAUCAAUGGUAUAGGGUCACCCUACUCAGUCAUCACCUCCUCCUCCCUGGGUUCACCCGCUGCGUCCAUGCCCACCACAUCUGGAAUGGGUUAUGGAGCACUCCACAGUCCACAGAUGAACUCUCUGAACAGUGUGAGCAGUUCAGAGGACAUUAAACCUCCUCCGGGACUGGGCGGCAUAAGCGGUUACCCGUGCGGCAGCCAGGGGUGCCUCUCCAAACACAUCUGUGCCAUUUGUGGAGACCGCUCCUCAGGGAAACAUUAUGGUGUUUACAGCUGCGAGGGCUGCAAGGGAUUUUUCAAGAGAACCAUCCGGAAAGACCUCACAUACACGUGUCGAGAGAGUAAGGACUGUCAGAUAGACAAACGCCAGCGUAAUCGCUGCCAGUAUUGCCGCUAUCAGAAGUGUCUGGCCAUGGGGAUGAAGAGAGAAGCGGUGCAGGAGGAGAGACAGCGUGGCCGAGAAAGGAGCGACAAUGAAGUUGAAUCCAGCUGCAGCUUUAAUGAAGAGAUGCCAGUGGAGAAGAUCCUGGACGCUGAGCUCGCUGUAGAACCCAAGACUGAAGCUUACAUGACUGAAUCCAGCACCGGCAACUCGACAAAUGACCCAGUGACCAACAUUUGCCAGGCUGCAGACAAACAGCUCUUUACUCUUGUUGAAUGGGCUAAGAGAGUCCCACACUUCUCUGAACUACCUCUGGAUGAUCAGGUUAUCCUACUGCGAGCAGGUUGGAACGAGCUGCUCAUCGCUUCAUUCUCACAUCGAUCUGUGACUGUUAAAGAUGGAAUCCUAUUGGCCACUGGCCUGCAUGUCCAUCGCAGCAGUGCUCACAGCGCAGGAGUGGGAUCGAUAUUUGACAGGGUAUUAACAGAACUGGUUUCUAAGAUGAAGGACAUGCAGAUGGACAAAACAGAGUUGGGCUGUCUCAGGGCUAUAGUCCUCUUUAACCCAGAUGCAAAAGGAUUGUCAAAUCCAUCUGAGGUGGAGGGAUUGAGGGAAAAGGUAUACGCCUCUCUGGAGGCUUACACCAAGCACAAAUACCCCGACCAACCGGGCAGGUUUGCCAAGCUGCUCCUGCGUCUGCCCGCUCUGCGUUCCAUAGGGUUGAAGUGCCUGGAGCACCUGUUCUUCUUCAAGCUCAUUGGAGACACACCCAUAGACACUUUCCUAAUGGAGAUGCUGGAAGCUCCACACCAGAUCACAUGACACAAGUUCAGCUUCAUGUAAAUAUCCCCUAGCGCACACUUACCCCAAUUUCCUGAAAGAAGUUCUUAUUUUCUACCAAGCACAAUGUGAAAAACAACAAAGAUUUGUAAUGGUAUUUUCAAGGAAAGCGCCACUGUUGACGUGAAAUGUAAAUUUACUGUAUACUUUUAUUUUGUACAUAGAUUUUUAUCCACUGUGAUAGCAGCAGCAACUAAAUGUGAAAUUAUUUAAUUCCAAUCGCAAAUUGUAUAAAACAGACACCAGCAAUGAAUUUUAGGAUUAUGUAAAAUUAAAAAGUUGUUUAAAAAUGUUGUUGUUUAUGACAGUAAGUUAUUUUAACAUUCUCAAAGUCUGACAUCUGUUUAGAUAUUUAACUUGUUGGUGUGAUCACAAUUACGCAACAAACCACUCAGAAACAUAAUAACUAUUAGAAAAGUGUGGGAUUUUGUGGUCACAUGAGAACAGAUUUUGCCUUUUCAAACCUCUGUCAAAAAGCCAUAGAUAUAGUGAAGUAAUAUGGUGAAAUGUGGGACCGAUUUUUAUCAGCAGGAGCUGGAUGUCUUGUUAAAAGAAAAUGAAAAUGUAUAAACAUAUAUUUUAUUAUAUAUAAUAAAUUUACAUACAAUUUACGUAUACUGAAUAAUUACAUUGGUGUUAUAAACAAAUAGCUGCAUGUUCUUAUGCAAGUUUGCAUCUUAUUUCUAUUUUUUUUUUUUUUAAGUCAAAGCCCAUAAACAAAAACUUUAAACACUGCUUGUUAAAACUAAAGUCGUACACAAAGAUUAUAUGGGAGAAUCUUACAGUGUUAAAAAUUGCAUCCUACAAACAUCACUUAAAAAAUAUCCCUUUGGGUGAACAUGAUUCAACUUUGAUCUAGCACAACACACGCUAGCAAACUUUUAAAAAAGCUUUUUUUUAAACCUUGCUCAAAGACAUCAAACAGGCUUGACAUUGUAAUGUAAUGCCAUCAGAUCAAGCAACCCAUUAAACUGCUAUUAAAGAUUUUACAGCCUAAGCAAAUGCUCUACUCUUAUCCUCCUAAAAGACACCUAACAGACAAUCUUAUAAAUACUAACACAACAGAAUGCUAAGCAUAAAUAAGUCUCCUCAUUGUUUCAUCUUGAUAUAUAGCACUUUAUUUGGACAUUAUUGACAUUAUUCAGUACCAUGCAAAGUUUAAUGGUAACUGGAAAUCCUCAGCAUGGUGUCACUAAUGCUUAAAAACCGUGUUAAAUUAACGAUUUAGUAAAUAGGACAAGGAAGAAAUUUUAUUGUGUUUGAGCUACAUGAUUGGAUUGAACAAAGUUCAAGUUAACCCAAAAAGUAACAAUUUCAAGUCAGUUUAACAUGAGGCAGUCGUGUUUGAACGACAAACAUGCAAUGCCAUUAAAUCAAAAUAAAUUGUUUUAAUAAAAUCAAAAUAUCUUUUGUGCAUCAUCUGACAGAAACAAUGUCAAAAUUCUAUCUUAAAACUGAAAACAGUACACACUGCUAAAGACUAAAGUUAUAGGCCUGUUUAAUGUGUGACUAAGUAAUGAAGAAUUUAAAAUACAAUAUAAAAAAGUUUAGUAUUAAAGUUUUGACUAAAGUUUCUCAUUACUUUUAGGUGUAAAUGUUUUUUUCAGGUCUGUCUGAUGUGUCUAAAUCAAUGAACUUGUGACUCACUGGUUGGGAAACUACUAUUGCUCCGCAAAUUAAAAAGCACUUGUAAAGUGUCUGGACCAGCCGGAAAGGAACAGCAAUAAUGAUUUUUUUUCAGAAGGCAUGAAUGAAAUGCUUUCAUCUGCCUCUUUGUUGUGUGUCUAGACUGAUGGUAUUUAUAUUGUUACAAAUGUAAUUUAUGGUUUUAUGGGUAAUUUAUAGGUUUAUCCAUCAAGUGAUAAAUUCUCAAAUAAAUAUUUUUGCUAAAA